AUGCAGAAAAGCAGCCUCACCACUGGCUUAAGCUAUGUGCCGAGGGGGCGGGACCAACUGGGUCAGGAAAGUGCCGGGAUCGUUACAAGUAAUGGAGCCAGUCCACCAACAUACACAAUCCAUAAGGGAAUGGGAUUAGUAAGCACUGCUUUCCCACCCGAGGCUCUCCUGAAACUGCGCUAUGGUAACCUUGGCAUCUGUCACACACGUUAUUCAACUACUGGGAUCUCAGAGCUGCAGAACUGCCAGCCCUUUGUGGUGGAUACGCUGCACGGCAAGAUCGCUGUCGCACACAACGGCGAGCUGGUUAAUGCUCAUGCCUUGCGAAAGAAGGUUAUGCGUCAUGGCGUCGGCCUCUCCACCAGCUCAGACAGUGAACUCAUCACCCAACUGCUGGCGUUCACUCCACCUCUGGAGGAGCUAGACGCACCAGACUGGGUUGCCAGAAUUAAAAACCUCAUGACUGAAACUCCAACAUCAUACUCACUGUUGAUGAUGUUCAAAGAUGUUAUCUACGCAGUGCGUGACCCUUACGGAAAUCGACCCCUGUGCCUUGGACGUGUUGUUCCCAUCUCUAAACUGCACACCCCAGGUUCUGGGGAGGAGGACACUGAGGGGUGGGUGGUGUCAUCAGAGUCCUGCAGUUUUCAAUCCAUUGGUGCCAAGUAUUACAGAGAGGUCUUACCAGGAGAGAUAGUUCAGAUCUCCAAACAUGGAGUCAAGUCUCUGAGUGUUGUGCCUCGCCCCGAGGGAGACCUCCCCGCCUUCUGCAUAUUUGAAUAUGUUUAUUUUGCCAGACCAGACUCUAUUUUUGAAGGACAGAUGGUCUACACUGUGAGGCAGCGCUGUGGUAAGCGGUUAGCGAUUGAGGCUCCAACAGACGCAGACGUUGUCAGCACUGUGCCAGAGUCUGCGACCCCCGCUGCACUGGGCUACGCUCAGCAGUCAGGGCUGCCAUACAUUGAGGUUCUGUGUAAGAACCGCUAUGUCGGGAGAACGUUUAUUCAGCCAAACACCCGUUUGAGGCAGCUUGGAGUUGCCAAGAAGUUCGGAGCACUGACAGAUAAUUUUGCUGGGAAGCGGGUGGUGCUAAUCGACGACUCCAUCGUCAGAGGCAACACCAUCUCACCCAUUAUAAAACUGCUGAAGGAAGCUGGUGCGACAGAGGUUCAUAUCAGAGUGGCCUCUCCACCAAUCAGGUUCCCUUGCUACAUGGGCAUCAACAUUCCAACCAAGGAGGAGCUCAUUGCCAACAAGCCUGAGUUUCACGACAUUGCUGCAUACAUUGGUAAGUGUGAACACAAUCUGUUUGAUUAUGUCCUCUGUUACGCCUGGCUCUGA